AUUUAAUCACCUUUAUUGUCCUUCCUGUGCAGUCAGUCACUCUUUCAUGAAGCCGCACGUCACUGAUCUGCUUCUUCCACAAGAUGACAAGAGAUGAUCACAGAUAGUUGGAGAAACGUUCAGCACUGAAAUUCCUAAUUUAAAAAUAAACCGUCAACAAACGAACAAUGGAAUCUUAUAACCCCGCCUCCAUCCAAGAGGACUCCUCCGAUGGUGGACCUCGAUCUGUGAAGUCAGAUGGCUCAGUGGAAUCCAUGAAGCUGAAGAAGGAGAUCUCCCUCCUGAAUGGGGUUUGUCUGAUUGUUGGGAACAUGAUUGGCUCUGGGAUUUUUAUUUCACCGAAGGGUGUCCUGAUCCACAGCGCCUCCUAUGGCUUGUCACUGGUGGUUUGGACUAUUGGAGGGAUCUUCUCUGUGUUUGGGGCCCUCUGUUAUGCUGAACUAGGGACCACCAUCACCAAAUCGGGAGCCUCAUACGCCUACAUCCUGGAAGCUUUUGGGGGUUUUUUGGCCUUCAUCCGCCUGUGGACGUCGCUGCUGAUCAUAGAGCCAGCGAGCCAGGCCGUCAUAGCGAUCACGUUCUCCAACUACAUGAUGCAGCCAAUAUUCCCCACCUGUGUGGCUCCGUAUGUGGCAAACAGGCUGCUGGCUGCUGCUUGUAUAUGUUUGCUGACCUUUGUGAACUGUGCCUAUGUGAAGUGGGGCACCAGGGUCCAGGACUUCUCCACCUACGCCAAAGUUCUCGCUCUCAUCGCCAUCAUUAUCACCGGCCUGGUGAAGAUCGGUCAAGGUCACACGCAGAACUUUGAGGGUCUGUUUGACAGCUCGUCCACAGACCCUGGAGACAUGGCCCUGGCUUUGUACUCUGCUCUGUUCUCCUACUCAGGAUGGGACACCCUCAACUUUGUCACAGAGGAGAUGAAGAACCCCGAGAGGAACCUGCCGCUGGCCAUUGCCAUUUCCAUGCCCGUAGUGACCGUGAUCUACAUCCUGACCAACUUGGCAUACUACACCGUCCUCCCCAUCAAUGCCAUCUUGAACAGUGAAGCAGUCGCGGUGACGUUUGCAGACCAAGUGUUUGGCGUGAUGAACUGGACUAUACCCCUCGCUGUGGCUCUGUCAUGCUUUGGCGGACUCAACGCUUCCAUCUUGGCUGCGUCCAGACUCUUCUUCGUGGGCUCCAGAGAGGGCCACCUGCCCGACUACCUGUGCAUGAUCCAUGUUCUCCGCUUCACACCCAUCCCCGCGCUGCUCUUCAGUGGCACGAUGGCUCUGAUCUACCUGUGUGUGGAAGAUGUCUUCAGACUGAUCAACUACUACAGCUUCAGCUACUGGUUCUUUGUGGGUCUGUCCAUCUUUGGACAGCUGUACCUGCGCUGGAAGCAGCCAGACAGAGCUCGACCACUAAAGCUCAGUCUGUUCUAUCCCAUCAUCUUCUGUUUCCUCACCAUCUUCCUGGUGGUGGUGCCGCUCUACAGUGACACCAUCAACUCCCUGAUUGGUAUCGCCAUCGCCAUGUCAGGGGCACCCGUUUACUUCCUCUGCUGCAACACUCCGGCCCACCGGAGGCCCGUGUGGCUGCAGACCAUCAUUGCUAAAUCCGGUGUGCUGAUCCAAAAAGUGUGUUUCACCGUUUUGACAGAAAUGGACGAGGACAAGGCAGCAUAGACACCGGGGCGACGCACAGACACACCUCCUGUCGUAUAUCACCGCGUACACAGAGGCUGAAGAUGAACCUACGAUGCAUCAC